AUGGUGACGCACAAGAGGCACGUGUGGUUCAAGGUUCCGGACAGGCCAGUCCAGUUUGCUCCUAUGACGGAUGGGGUCGACAGCAUCGGCGAUCUCCGACAGAGAGUAGUAUUCGAGUUCUUCACCCGCAAGGUUCAAGAUCAAGUGAAGUUUUAUGCGUCUCCUGCGGCUCAACACGCAAAGCAGCCGCUCGACCUCGACACGAAGGUGGACGGACUUGGGGUAGACUUGCUGCACCCGGUUCUCGUGGAAGCGCCGCUUAUGUUUCCUCGGAUCCGCGUUGUCAUGCAUGGGGUGAGACUUGAGGCGCCGCGCCUUGAACGCAAAAAACUGCUAGACCAAGUGGCCACGAGUCUGCUGGCCGACCAAAAGCGCUACGUGCUCCUUGCGGCGCCAGAAGGGUCUGGGAAGACGUCGAUAGUCAUGCUAUUUGAACACCACCACGCUGAUCUGAACUGUGUCUUCGUCUCGUUCAUUUGGGAAAGGGGGCCGGUGAAUGAAGUGAUGCAGCAGCACGGACUUGAUAUCUGCGGGAGGAAGUCGGCCCUCUCGGAAGACCAACAGCAUGUGAUCCUGAUCGACGACGCUCAGGAAAAGUACGAGGACAGGGCGUUCUGGAAGGCUCUGAUCACGGAUUCUUCCAACAUCCGCUUUGUCAUCGCUGCCAACCACGCACUGCAUGGUGAGAGCCCCAUAGAGUUUCGGUCGAUUAAGACGUUCUGGAGGCCGGAUUUUCUGUUGAGUGACGAGGAAUCCUACGGGUUCUUGGCGCUCUCAUGGUUCGUGAGUGUGGAGGGCUGA